AUGGCAAUGCAGAAACCAAGCAUAGGGGGCAGGGCGGGUAACAGGUUGAACCAGAGCAAACUGAGAUCUUCAAAGGGAAGAACAGGCACCCCUGGGGAACCCCAUAGCUGUCCAAGGUCUGUAAGGGUGCAGAACUCCGCUCAGUGCUGCCAGACCGCGUCUUCUCCGAAACGGGCAGCCUGGGGCAGGAGGCAGGCGCACGUCCCUCUCUCUCCGCGGGUCAGCUGCGGAGUUAGCGGAGAGGAGACCCGCUGCCUGCAGCACCGAAAGAGCCAAGCGCACGGAGGAGCCGCGCGGAACCCGCAAGCGGACCAGCAAUCUGCGUUCCUCUGGGAGCAGAGGAUGGCGAGGAGAGCCCACGGAAGGAAUAAAGGGCGGAGAAGCAGAACUCUGUACCUCCAUCGAGUCCCGGCUGUAGGGCUGGGGGGCGGCGAGCGGCGCAGCCGGACGGGAACUGCCACCCGGCUCCCUGCCUUGGCGUUGGGCUUCGACUACAAAGAGCGAGUCAGCUGGGGUUCCCCUGGGCGCCCUGAACCCAGGGAGUCCCAACCCUCAGCGAAAAGAAAAGUGAAAGAGAAAAGAGCAAGGAGCAGAGGGCAAGAUAAACAUCUUCAGAGGAGGCUGGGGGAGGGGCGGGAUGGCAGCAGCCCCUGAACGACUGCCCAGGUGUUGCAGCUCCACGCCCCCAGGGCUGGGACGCCCCGCAGGCUUCCGCCACUGCCCAGUCCUGGGGCGCAAAACCUGGAGGGAGAGCUUGGACGAAGGCAGGGAGCGUCUGUCCCCGAUUUCGGCCUUUACUUUCUGGGGCACCUGCAGGGAAAGCGUGAAAUCUCAGACCACCCGCCGCACGCACCCAGCCUAGCUUGGCGCAGGCUUCCCCAGAGAAGCCUGGAGACCUGGGCGCGUGGCGUGCACCCAAGUGGCCCACAGGCGAGGGAAAAAAUGUGUAGGAGCGAGUUGGGCGACUGUUCCAGACCAGCCCCUCAACCCGCGCGGCGCAGGCUGUAAGAAGAUAGCCUCUGAAGUUUUAUUAGAACGGAGUA